GCAGACCCGGCGUUUCCCGGGCCCGGCCCGGGGAUGCGGCAUUCGCUGUUUGCCCACCCCGCGGGCGACAGUGUCAGGGCGGGUGUCGAUGCAGGGGGACCAGGAGGUCAUGUCCUAUGACCGUGGGCGGAAACUCCUUCCAGAGUCUCUUUCCAGCCAUGGACAGCCCUAGUCUUCGUGAGCUUCAGCAGCCUCUGCUGUUGGGCACAGGCUGUGAGCUCCCUGCCCAGAAGCCUGAUUUGGGGUCUCCGUUGAGAGAGACAGCCUUUGCGGAGUCCCUGAGGGGUUGGCAGUUCCUGUCACCACCGCUUCCCUCUGUAAGCGCUGGCCUGGGGGAACCAGGGUCCCCCGAUGUUGAGGACACGUUAUCCAGCGACAGUGACUCGGACUGGGAUGGGGGUGACCGUCUCUCUCCACUCCUACCCCACGACCACCUUGGCUUGGCUGUCUUCUCCAUGCUCUGUUGUUUCUGGCCCAUGGGCAUCGCUGCCUUCUGUCUGGCCCAGAAGACCAGCAAGGCUUGGGCCAAGGGGGACAUCCAGGGGGCAGGGGCUGCCUCCCGCCGCGCCUUCCUGCUGGGGGUCCUCGCUGUUGGUCUAGGCGUGUGCACGUAUGCGGCUGCUCUGGUGACCCUAGCUGCCUACCUUGCCUCCCGAGAUCCACCCUAGUUGCCCCUGUGACCCGCUGUGAACCCAGAGUCAAGCAGCCCAGUGCACUCAUGGCACAGAGUGGAGAAUCCUGGUUGAAGAGGAAGCGGCAUCAGCAUCCAGAAAUGGGAGGCAACUGGACAACCUCCUCCCCUUCCUGGCCACCACGCACUGGGCGGCAGCAAUGUGAAAGAUUAAACACCAGACACUCUCGCAACCAAA